CUGCAAUGAACAUAGGGGUGCAUAUAUUCUUUCAAAGUAGUGUUUUGGGUUUAUUUGGAUAUAUUCCAAGAAGUGGAAUUGCUGGGUCAUAAGGUAGUUUCAUUUCUAAUUUUCGGAGGUAAUUCCAUAAUGUUUUACACAGUGGCUGCACCAAUCUGCAUUCCCCCCAACAGUGCACGAGGGUUCCCUCUUCUCCACAUCCUCACCAACACGCCAACACUCAUUGUUUGUUGAUUUCUUGAUGAUAGCCAUUCUGACAGGUGUGCUGGGCUUUCCUUGUUGUAUGUGGUCCACAGGCAUUGGCCAAGAAUGACUCAGUCAAGUUAAGCUCGAAGAGUGACAUCCGGAAUCUGUGGACCAAGGCCACGCUGUCGCAGCCCAAGCUGCAUGGGCUGACAAACGUCUAUGAGGACUCUGACCAGGAGGACAGCAGCUCCAGGAACAAGCCUGGCCAGUGAAUUGGAUUCCUCGGUGUCAUCACUCAAUAUCAUGAAGCACACGCACCACCGAGCCUACUGGGAGGAACAGCAGGACAGGCUGCCACUGCCCCUGAUGGAUCUCAUGGAGAAUGAAGCUCUGGAAAUCCUCACCAAAGCCCUCCAGGUCCUGCUCCGCAUCCCCCACCUAUUUGGAGCACAGGACUGGCAACAAAACCGCCAGGGCCCAGCGCCUCGGAGAUCCAAAGUUCCCCAAACUGACACAGCCCGGAGCCCUGAGAGCUCCUGUCAACCCAAGUCACCCGUCCUGCCUCCAGCCACACAGGUGGCACCUGCUGCCGGGGGAGGUAACGCCCCUCUAACUGCCCUGAGCGGAGCUCUCUCCUCCAGGCUACCGCGCGGCCAUCGGCAAGGAUCACAUUCUGACCAAUCAGCUGCAGCGAAAAAUCGAGGCUAUCCAGAAGCGGAGCAGGAGGCAACUCGUCCCGGAGCCCUGAGAGCACCGCCUCAGGCUCGAGUGACUGCCCACCUCCGGCCCCGGCCCCGGUCCUGCGCGGAGACCCAAACCCGACCCUAUCCAUGUGGAAUUUGAACCCUAGAGAAAUAAAAGUCUGUGCAAGGUCUGUGAGUCAGUG